AUGAAGGAAAGUGUUUGCUAUUUGUACUGCAAAGUUAUAGAAAGAAGUCAUUAUCCAAGAAGGUUGUGGGAAAAGACGAAACUUUCGAAAGAUAUGAAUAAGGCCUUGGAACAAAUCAGUGAUGCUCUUCUUCACUGGAGUGAGUACGUUCGUCACAAAUGUAAAGCGCGACUCAUUCGGAUUCAUCAAUAUCUAAUUCGUAUGAGAAGAAUGGCUAUCAAGGGAACGCAAAAGAAAAUCAUACCGAUCGCGCGCAAAGUCGAACGACGUGAGAAACGACGCGAGGAAAAGGCUUUAGUAGCUGCAAAAUUGGAUAAGGCUAUUGAGAGUGAACUACUUUCGCGGUUACGGCAAGGGACCUAUGGAGAUAUUUACAAUUUCCGACAGCAAGCUUUUGAACAAAUGCUUGAUGAGAACGAAACAGCGAUGGAACGAGAAGAAGAGGUUGAAGUUGAAGACGAUGAGACGCGGCCUUUUAAGGAUGUGGGCCGAAUGCAAUACGUGGCCGAUUUUGAGUCCUCAGAUGAGGAAGAGGAGGAUGACAUUGAGGACACGGCCGGUAGUCGCUGGUCACCUCCAGAAACUGAUAGCGAAGAGGACGAAUGGCAGAGACCAGGAGAGACGACUAAACGAAGGCGGCCACAUGUGGAAAUCGAAUACGAAGACGAAUCAGAGUUACGAUCGAAAAUCAAAGCUUAG